GGCUUCGGUGGCCCAGUGCGAGGCCCGAGGCUGCAGGGCUGCUGGGUGGGACCCUGCGUCUCCUCUUCGUUCGGCUCCCGCGGGGGCUUCGUCGUAGCGCAUCGGGCCGCGGGGUGCCCCUCAUGGCGGGGCAGUGGGUGGAGGUCGACGGCGGGAUCAUGGAAGGGGGCGGCCAGAUCCUGAGGGUCUCUACCGCCUUGAGCUGUCUCCUGGGCCUCCCGUUGCGGGUGCAGAAGAUCAGAGCCGGCCGCAGCACGCCAGGCCUGCGGCCUCAACAUUUAUCUGGACUGGAAAUGAUUCGAGAUUUGUGUGACGGGCAACUGGAGGGGGCAGAAAUUGGCUCAACGGAAAUAACCUUUGCACCGGAGAAGAUCAGAGGUGGAACCCACACAGCAGAUACCAAGACAGCAGGGAGCGUCUGCCUCUUGAUGCAGGUCUCAAUGCCCUGUGUCCUCUUUGCUGCUUCUCCGUCAGAACUUCGUUUGAAAGGUGGGACUAAUGCUGAGAUGGCACCACAGAUCGAUUACACGGUGAUGGUGUUCAAGCCAAUUGUUGAAAAAUUCGGUUUCACAUUUAAUUGUGACAUUAAAAUGCGGGGCUACUACCCAAAAGGGGGUGGUGAAGUAAUUAUUCGAAUGUCACCAGUUAAACAGCUGAACCCAAUAAAUUUAACUGACCGUGGCUCUGUGACUAAGAUAUAUGGAAGAUCUUUUGUUGCUGGUGUUUUGCCAUUUAAAGUAGCAAAAGAUAUGGCAGCGGCAGCAGUGAGGUGCAUCAGAAAGGAGGUCAGGGAUCUGUAUGUUAACAUCCAGCCUGUUCAGGAAUCUAAGGACCAAGCCUUUGGCAAUGGAAAUGGAAUAAUCAUUAUUGCCGAGACAUCAACCGGCUGUUUGUUCGCUGGAUCAUCGCUUGGUAAACGAGGUGUAAAUGCCGACAGGGUUGGAAUUGAAGCUGCUGAAAUGCUGUUAGCAAAUCUUAGACAUGGUGGUGCUGUGGAUGAGUAUCUACAAGAUCAGCUGAUCAUUUUCAUGGCAUUAGCCAAUGGAGUUUCCAGAAUAAAAACAGGACCAGUUACACUCCAUACACAAACGGCUAUCCAUUUUGCUGAACAACUAGCAAAAGCUAAAUUUACUGUGAAGAAGUCCGAAGAUGAAGAAGAUUCCACUAAAGACACUUAUGUUAUUGAGUGCCAAGGAAUUGGGAUGACAAAUCCAAAUAUAUAGGGUAUUUGACUUCUAAAGGAUACCUCAAUGAUGUGUUGCACUAAUUCAUUUCAUAAAUACUACCAAAUGAUGAGUAAGAAGUAACUUAUUGGAGAUGAAGUAUUCUAGGUUUGUUGAGAAAAUUUCAUCAAAUUCAAUUUCAUCUCUCUUUGAAUCUCUUCUGAGAUAUAGACAAUGAAAUACUAAAGUUCGUGGAUAUGUGUGAUAGUGAUUUCAAUGUAAAUGUAAUAAAAUAUUCUUUUUACCUGAA